AUGGACAGCACCAAUACCACCUCCACUGGCUCUGAGUGGCCUCUUUUCAACAAGUACAAUGAGUUCCCUCUCGACCACAUCUACACCUUUUGCAUCUUUGCCUACUGGGUGCCUCACAUGUUUCGCAUGAUGAAGUCCAAAGGCUACGCAAAGGCACACCACUACCACCGUUCCCUCCUUAUUGUCCACGUUAUCGUCUCGAUGGUCGAAGUCGUCCUCUUCCACGCCAAGUCGUGGCACCUCGGCCACGAUCCGAAAGCGAAUAACUUUGACCUUUUCCUCUGUGUCGUACAAACUAUUACAAGUCUCGUCAUGACAGAGAGGAUGCGGUUCAUACCCAAGUUGACUCUCGAGUUGAGCCGUGGGUCGUUCCAGAGCAUGGCCUUUAUGCGUGUACUUGCUUCAGGUCUUGCUGUGUACUUGGAAUCGACGGAGUGGCAUCGGGCAAGCAUCAAGACGCUUGUUAGCUUCGUCUGGGUGCGAUUCCUCCUGAAGUGGUCUAGCAAAUUCGCCGGUAUAGAUACCCGCGAGCAAGCAUACUCGCUCAGCUUGAUUAGCGGUAUUCUCAUGGGUAUAUACGAAGGAACCUAUCCCCAUGGUAUCGCCAUCUACAUGGGCACAACGCUUUCGCUGUUGGCCUUUGAUCGCUGGGCAUCCAAGUUUGACAACCCCGUUAUUGACUCGUUGAGAUUCGUCGGAUUGGUGAGCCAUCGGGUUGAGAGGCCAAGUCAGGAGCCCGAGAAGCCGUUGAAGAAGGUUGAUUGA